GGAGAGAGGGAAGAGAAAAACAGGCAAGAUAUAAGGAGAGAGAGGACGUUAUAGGCAAAGUUGCGCGAGUUUGGGACCGUUGGGGGGCGGGGAAAAGCCACGUGAACGUCACUGGCCAAUGGGAGCGCCGCGUGCAUGGAGGUCUCAACAGUGGCAUGCAGUAUUUGGGAAAGAACAAGCGGUACGCCAAGACAGUAACCAACUGGCCCCAUGCUUUCAGAUAGAAAUACGUUGAAAGCUGGAAAAGAUGAAACAACUAAAAAGAAAAAGAAAAAGCAAUUUUAGUGUUCAGGAAACUCAAACACUACUUAAAGAAAUCCGAAAAAGAAGAGAAGUCCUUUUUUCCAAACAACUAAAUACAACCAUUAAUGAGAUGAAGCGAAAGGCUUGGGAGGAAAUAGCAGAAUGUGUGAAUGCUGUUGGUGAAGGAGAGCAAAGGACAGGGACAGAAGUCAAAAGACGAUACCUUGAUUGGAGAGCCCUCAUGAAACGGAAGCGAUUGAACGCCAACAUCAAGUUGGUGGGUGCUGGCUUUCACCUUCCUUCAUCUGAUUUGGAUGACUCUCUCAAUGAAGAUAUUGAUGAAAAAAUGGGAUUUCCGUGUGAAUCUGGAUUUGAGUGGCAGAAUAUCACAGACUUCAGAGAAGCAGGUGGAUCAUUAACUGAGGUCAAAGUGGAAGAAGAAGAGGAGGAUCCACAGAGUUUUGAAUUUCCUAUUGAGGAAGAAGAAGAGAUUUUGUCCUCAGUGUUGCCAGAUUCCAAAAAGGAAAGUGACCUCCCUGAUUUCACCCAUAUAGAAGAAUUUGGAAAUCUAAGCUCCGCUCAGGCUAGGCUGGCUUACGAAGAUUCUCAUUUGCUAAUCAGCCUGGAGAAGCAGAAGCUAGAAUUGGAGAAACAACGUCUGAAUAUUGAAGCAGAACGUCUGCAAGUUGAGAAAGAACGCUUGCAGAUUGAAAAAGAGCGGUUGCGGCACAUUGACCUGGAGCAUGAGAGGCUUCAGCUGGAAAAGGAGCGGUUACAAAUAGAGCGGGAGAAACUAAGGCUUGAGGCUUUGCAUGCUGAAAAAUCUGUGCCAGAGAAUGAUUCCAGCCAGUCUGAAAAAUCCAUUCCGCAGCCUUUGGAUCUUGAAACGGAAAAACUGAAAAUUGAAAAGGAGCGUUUGCAGCUUGAGAAGGAGAGGCUGCAGUUCUUGAAGUUUGAGUCAGAGAAGUUGCAAAUUGAAAAAGAGCGUUUGCAAGUGGAGAAAGAACGUCUUCGAAUUCAGCGGGAAGGGCACUCGCAAUGAACUGAGGAAACCAGAAUUAACAAUGCUGUGCUUUGUUGUUUGUAUUUCUUUUUUAGGGUAGCUUGGUUUCAGUAAAAAAUAUUGAAUAGUGUGGUCUUCAAAACAUUUCACCAACAGAAAACUCUGUUUUACAUUGCUUCAAAACUGUGAUGCUUUAACCUUGACAGUACCUCUUUUAUUUUUUUGUCAGAAUUGAACAUUAAUGUGUUCAGGUUUUAAAAGAAGCUGAGAAAUGGUGCUCAGUAAUUCACUGUGCCUGUAUAAAUGGAGCUUAUGUGUGAAAUUACAUUUCAGUGUAAGAGAAGAAGUGUUAAUAUCCUCUUGCAUUCUCUGUUGUAUAGCUUUAUGUCCACAUUAAGAAUCACAGCUUAGUUGUAUUUUGUCAUUUUAAGUGUGUUAUUCUAAAUCCAUAGGCGCCUUCAACAUAAAUUUGCAUUUGAUCUGAAGGAAUUAGAUUAAAGCUAGGCCUUACUGAUUUCAUGGUGUUAACACUAAAAGUAAUGCCUUUCAAUAUGAGGCAUGUUCUUGUCAAGAGGAAACUUGGAAGAUGGGACUUUGAGGGUCACAGUAGUUUUCCUACUCAGUAUGUUUGCCUGUAGAAAAAGAGUAAAUGAAGCUUUAUGUAUGAAAACAGAUUUCACAAUUUGUUUCUCAGCCAGACCUUAAAACCUCUGGCUUUUGUAGAAAAUUUUGUGACUCACUUUGACAUAUGUUUGAGUAGAAAUUUAUCUUGUGGAAUUUACAUAGAUUAUUUGUACAUGUCAGUUUAUUUAUAUCACUAUGUAAUUACUUUUAUUUUGCAAAUAAAGUGUUAUUUUUUAUUACUGAAAUAAAUACAGCUCUACAGUGGGAGGAAAACUAUGUUA